AUGUCAAUGCAAUGUAGACACCAACCGAAAGAAUAUUAUUUGAUAUAUCGUGAAAAAUUUAUCGACUUGUAUUGUAAAAACAAAUAUGAAAUUCUUCAAACUAUCUUAACAUUUCUUAGAGAAGUAACUUCUGACCAAAUCAAAGAAGUAUUAAAAAUUAUUUUUUUUGAUGAUGACUGCUAUAGAAAUGAGAUUUUGCUUGGAGAUUUCACACUUGACUUAAGAAGACUUCAUGUAGAAACAGUUUUAACUCUUUGGGUAUUUCUUCAGGAAAGUAAAAAGAAUCCUAGUGUGACAGCAGAAACUAUUAGAAUGGAACUUCAAAUGUAA